CUGAGCAUGAGAGUCAUCAUAGUUGGAGCAGGCAUUGCGGGCCUUUCGCUUGCCAUUGCCCUCGGCCAGGCUGGACACCAAAUCACAAUCCUGGACGCUGCUCCUCAACUUGCCGAACUGGGUGCGGGCGUCCAAAUGACACCCCAAGCAAUCAGAUAUCUCUUCAAGUGGGGUCUCAAGGAUGACUUGCUCUCGGAGUCCAUCAUCCCGGAAAACCUGUAUGUGAGGGAUGGGCAAAGCGGCGACCUACUGGGAACUGUCCUGGUCAAGGAUAUGGAAGUUCAGUAUGGCGCCCCUUACAUCGUCGUUCAUCGCGCCGUCUUGCACGCCAUAUUGCAUCGUCAUGCCGUCCGAGCUGGGGCGCAAGUGCUGCUGGACAGUGGCGUUGUCGAGUAUGACUUUGCCAACGGAGCGGUCCAGCUCCGAAACGGCAAUUGGCUGACGGCGGACCUCGUCGUCGCUGCUGAUGGUAUCAACUCCCUCGCCCGAUCUAAGCUUCUGGGCUCCAAAGAUCCCGGAAGCCAGCCCACUGGGUGGGCUGCUUUUCGUAUGACGGCCGAGGUUUCCAAACUUAGGGCGGACCCAGCUGUCGCGAGCCUGAUAGACCUCCAAUCUCGCAGCUCCAACUGGUGGAUUGCUCCGCAUCUAUCAUGCAUGACAUACUUGAUCAAAGAUGCGACUCUGCUAAAUAUUGUCCUCUCUCACCGAGACGAUAUCUGUACCAAAGACUUCAACCCCAGUGAAUACAAUAAGACGGUCCGGAAUCUAUUUCAAGACUUUGAGCCCCGAGUUCAGCGUAUCCUAGAUCUUUCGCGUCCACAAAUUGCCAACUACCCUGUGUAUGCCGUGCCGCCGUUGCCCUCCUGGGCUCACGAGUCGGGUCGAUUUGUGCUCAUAGGCGACGCUGCUCAUGCCAUGGCCUUCUACAUGUCCAUGGGCGUGAGCAUAGCCGUCGAAGAUGCAGCUGCACUUGUGGCAGUGCUA